AGAAGUCAAUGUUAGAAAACAGAGUUGCACACCUAAUAUCCAUGUCCAAACGGAUCCCACUCCUCAUUCUCUCUCUCUCUCUCUCUCUCUGUGGGUAUGGCAGCCACGGCAGAAAGGCUUAUGCAUGCGGUUCAAUAUGAAAGCUAUGGUGGAGGCGCUGCUGGCUUAAAGUAUGUUGAAGUUCCAAUCCCCACUCCAAAAAAGGAUGAAAUUUUGCUAAAAUUGGAAGCAGCUAGUCUAAAUCCAGCUGAUUGGAAAAUUCAGAAAGGAUAUCUGAGGCCUCUUUUUCCUUGCAAGUUCCCUCAUAUACCUGUUACUGAUGUAGCUGGUGAAGUCCUUGAGGUUGGAAAGGGAAUCAAAAAUUUAAAAGCAGGUGAUAAAGUUGUAGCUUUUCUCGGCUUUGCUCGUCCAGGUGGACUAGCUGAAUUUGUCGUAGUUAGUCAGAGCUUGACAGUCAAUAGGCCACCAGAAGUUUCAGCAGCUGAAGCUGCAGGCUUACCAAUGGCCGGUCUCACAGCUCUCCAGGCCCUCUACCAAAUCCCCGGGGUGAAGCUUGACGGAACAGGAAAGCAGAUAAACAUUCUGGUAACCGCAGCCUCAGGUGGUGUUGGACAUUAUGCAGUUCAACUAGCAAAGCUUGGAAAUGCACACGUUACGGCCACUUGCGGAGCCCGUAACAUUGAAUUGGUGAAGAGCUUAGGCGCUGAUGAGGUUCUUGACUACAAGACCCCAGAUGGGGCAGCUCUGCGGAGUCCAUCUGGUCGGAAAUAUGAUGCAGUUGUUCACUGUGCAACGGGCAUUCCUUGGUCGACUUUUGAGCCUAAUCUUAGUGAGAAGGGAAAGGUUAUUGAUCUUACUCCUGGCGCAAGUGCUUUCUUGACCUUUGCUCUGAAGAAACUCACCUUCCCCAAGAAGCAGCUCGUGCCACUGCUAGUGAGUGCUAAGAAAGAACACCUGGAUUAUCUUGUUAAGUUGGUGAAGGAUGGCAAGCUGAAGACGGUGAUUGACUCAAAGCAUUCUCUUAGCAACGCUGAAGAUGCUUGGGCUAAGAGUAUUGAUGGCCAUGCCACUGGGAAGGUCAUUGUGGAGCCCUAGGUUGACAUAAUAUCUCGGAUUGUCAACUUUGUGUUUCUAAAGAAGGGAAAAUUGAGUGUGGACUUUUGUUUAUAUGGAUUGGUGUUAUGUGAUGUAGUGUGAUAUCCAUUAAGGCAUGUAAUGGCCUGUGAUGCAUAUAUACAGUAUGAUAUGCAUUAAGUCCUUUUUGAGGAAGGAGUCAAUAAUAUAUGAAGUUUAUGUUAUUUUAUUUUUUGCUUAAAAAAAUGUAUAUUAUUUUCAAAUCUUGUGUUGGGACUGACUAAUGUUAGAAUUUUAUUCUAACAAAUCAACAAAUGAAAUUAUUCAUAAAAAAUAAUAUAUAAAUAAAGGGAUGUUAUUUUAUAAUGAA